UUCGGCAUUCUUUGUAAGCGCGGAAGUUCGAAGCGCGUUGCCGGGUUUUUGGUUUUCGGUUUCAGUUGCGUCCGCGACGUGCAACGCUAAAGUUGACCAAGCAAGUGGAAGAUUCCCCAACCGGAUUUCACUUUAUGCAUUGAUUUCGAUUUAAUUUUGAAAACGAUUCAAAUUGGAGUAUUGAAAUGGGAAGACGUUGGCUGUUGGCUUUGGGUUUAUGCCUGCUGAUCAGCAGGACGCAGGCGCAGUUUGGUGGCGAGGAGGAUGAGGAAGAGGACGAAGAGGAGGAGGAAGAAGAAUGGAGCAGUGAAGAUGAAACAGCCGAGGAGAAAUUGCAACGCAAAAACAUCAAACAAGACUCAAACCUAACUGUGGAUAAAUUAAUUGCCAAAUAUGGCUAUGAGGCGGAAGUGCAUCAUGUGACCACCGAGGAUGGCUACAUUCUAACAAUGCAUCGCAUACGCAAUCAGAAUGCUCAACCCUUUCUGCUGCAGCAUGGACUCGUUGAUAGCUCGGCGGGUUUCGUUGUCAUGGGUCCCAAUGUGAGUCUGGCGUACUUACUUGCCGACCACAAGUACGAUGUCUGGCUGGGAAAUGCUCGUGGCAAUCGUUACUCGAGAAAUCACACCACACUCGAUCCGGAUGAGUCCAAGUUUUGGGAUUUUAGCUGGCAUGAGAUUGGCAUGUACGAUCUGCCAGCCAUGAUUGACUACAUUCUAAAGUCGACGGGCUUCAAGAAGCUGCAGUACGCCGGACACUCUCAGGGCUGCACCGCAUUCUUUGUCAUGUGCUCUAUGCGUCCGGCUUACAACGAGAAGGUCAUCUCCAUGCAGGCGAUGGCACCGGCUGUCUAUGCCAAGGAGACCAGCGGUCAUCCUUACAUACGCGCCAUCAGCUUGUACUUCAAUAGCCUUGUCGGCAGCGCUAUUACGGAGAUGUUCAAUGGCGAAUUUCGUUUUCUUUGCCGCAUGACCGAGGAGACGGAGCGUCUUUGCAUUGAAGCUGUGUUUGGCAUUGUGGGACGCAACUGGAAUGAAUUCAACCGAAAAAUGUUUCCCGUGGUGCUGGGUCACUAUCCAGCCGGAGUGGCAGCCAAGCAGGUGAAACACUUCAUACAGAUCAUCAAGACUGGCAGAUUUGCACCUUAUAGCUACAGUUCCAACAAGAAUAUGGUGUUAUACAGAGAGCAUUUGCCGCCACGAUAUAAUCUCAGUCUAGUCACUGUGCCCACAUUUGUGUACUAUUCGACCAAUGAUUUGCUGUGUCAUCCGACGGAUGUGGAAUCAAUGUGCGACGACUUGGGCAAUGUGACGGGCAAAUAUCUGGUGCCCAUGAAGGAGUUCAAUCACAUGGAUUUUCUCUGGGCCAUCGAUGUGCGAAAGCAGCUCUAUAAUCGCAUGCUGCAAGUGCUGGGCAAGCGACCACAGGGCAAAGAUGCCGAGGGCGAGGAGUUCUCGACAAGAAAUGUGGAACGAAGUCGAACGCAUCGAAGAGGAGGACGAGCUAGCUGGUAGAGACCUUAGAUUUAAUAUUUAUUUAUUUAUUUGUCUUGCUUUAAAUAUGGAAUAGAUAUUUGCAUAAAAUUGCUGCGACUUUAAAUAUGCAAAAGCUUUGCUCUAAGUGUGUUUGUGCAUGGACUUCGACCGGAAA